UCUGCCACGGACCUUCGAGGUAGCAAGGUGGUCAGUUAGUAGUGUGUAGGAGUGUGAAAGAGUUUAGAUUUCCUUUUAACCAUUUUUUCCCCCAGCUGGAUACCAAAGACAACAGAAACAUAUUUUUUAUACUGUGAAAUGAUUUAAUUGUCUGCUUUUUGAUAAGAAGAGGAUUUGUGACAAACAAAGAGACUAUUCAAUAAUUUACUCAUAGAAUUUUGUAAAGAUGUUCCCCUGGUCAGCAGUGUUUUCUCUGGAGCCGAAGGUGCCUGGACAGCGUACGGCAGAAGAACUAGUCACCAACACUCUGAUGCUGGAGCUGGGUGCCAUGGUGAAGCGCACCGAACGUAUCCGCCUGGAGAGGGCGACACAAGAGGGCCGGCGCCAACGCAGCUCCUCCUCUGCUGACUACAGAUGGCUGGCCACUGCCCCCGCCCACCAACCCUACGAGCUGACCCCCCGAGACCUGAUAGAGCUGCAGGACCUGUGUGCCAGGGUGCCACCGUCUCAGUGUGGCCCUGUCAUUGUCAGGUUCAGGAAUCUGGUGACGGAGAUCGAGCCGGAGGUUCACGAGGUGGCUCGUCUGUUCCGCACGGUUCUCCGUGACUGUGUGGAGGGAGAAGAGGAGAGCGAGGAGAUGAGGAGGAGGUCAGCCGGCUGGGACAAACAACGCAGCAAGAGCCUCUCCUUCGUAACCUUCCGCUCCAAGUUCCGCCCCGCUCCUUUCAGGGGCGGGGGCCUGGGCGGGUCGCGCGGCAACCUGCAGGAGGAGUCGAACUGGUACGAGGAAGAGGUGGAGGAGCAGGAGGGAGCAGCGAAUGUGGCGAGAGCGGCCAGGAAAGGGAGGAGUAUGAGCAUGCCUGAUAUCACCCCCAUCGAACAGAGUGCACUUGGCUGAGAGGGAGGGACAACUGCUGAUGUAAAGAGGGCUUUAUAGAAUACAUCUGAUUGAUUGGUUGAGGAAGGGAGGAAUGGGACAGAGAAAGGAAAUGCGACAAAAGAGAAGGUCAAAUAUGUCUCUCGAUGAGACGUGCAACAUGAGGACAGCUCACACCUCAGCAGAUUUCCACUGACUGUUUAGACAAAAGGAGGCAGUUAUAUCAAACAUAUACUAGAGUAGAAAUGCAAGCUUAGCCAGCAGAUAUGCCAUAUUUCUAACAUUGUUUUUAUUGUGAAUUACAUUUUCUGAAUGUGUUAACACUUGAAAUGCAUAUAAAAUGAACUAGAUUUUGAAUGCAUAACAUAAAACCUUAUUUUUCAACAGAACCUUGAGUUUGUGCGUGGAUUCCUGUGUGGGCCCAAUACAAUGGGUCCAUUUCUACGGUUCCAGUCCUUUGGUUGUCAUGGUUACUCUAUAACAGUUAAUUAUAUUAACCUUCUAUAAUCCUCUUACUCAGUAAAGAAUUAGAGUCCUUUGCACAACUUCCCCAUUGUUCUUUUUUUAAUAUGCACUUCUUUUCAAUACAUUAGCAGUAUUAGCUCUUUAUACACUGUAGAAGUCAAGGCAUUUGGCUAAAAAAGAGGGAAGAAAUAGGAGUGUUUUCUUAUUAACAAAGUUCUGGUGGUUAAAUAAUAGCCUGUACAUAAACGUCUGUCCUCAGAGACGUCUGUCCUCAGAGAGAAUGAGGAGAUGAAGAGGACAGUCUCCAAUAAAGCAGGGAGGUCCAAACUGACCAGUUGCGGAGAAGUUUGGUAGAGAAAGUCACUUCACUAGUGUCCUUUCAGCCCUUCAUAGCCUGUCAUAACCAUGUUUAUAACAGCUGUUACAACAACCUGUUAAAAGGGUUUAUCUCAAAUGACAAUACAACGUAAUGACACAGGAUGCAUUCCAAAUGGCACCUUACUCCCUAUUUAGUGCACUACUUUUGUCCAGGGCUGAUAAAGUUCUGAUCAAAGUAGUGCACUAUACAGGAAAUAGUGCCAUUUGGGAAACAGCCACAGGUAACAGUAUUCAAACUGACCCCAGCUGACUUGCUGGCAGGUAAACCAGGUCAUCUAAACUGUUAGAUCUGCAAUAAGUGUUAUGUAACUUGUUACAAACUGUUCGGGUCUGACUCGUCACAUUGUGUUUAUGAUUGGGUAUAUGAAGGGAAUGUCCUCGUCAGUUUAAACCACCUUUAACCCUCCUGUACUUCAUAAAACAACAGCUAGUACCACAGGUGUCGUCACAUUUCUUUGAAAUUGAAAGUCCCCAUUUGGCAAAUAAAGAGACUUGAAAGCACCCCCCCAACAACAACUGGUUGCACUCAUGCAUGGCGUGAAUGAUAGAGGGACUUUAAACAAUUCUCGCUCUCUUUAAUACAAAUAGGAUAAUAAUGAGGAACAAAAACUAGAAGACAUAAUUACAAUAUGAGAAAGAAAACGUUUGGUUGAUGAGUAAGCGCUUCCUGUCUUACAACCAAUCAAUCAACACUACAUGAGGGGUCAAAGAAAAUCAACCAAAAA